GGCACAAACCGGGUCUUGCGGCCUGCCGGCCCCAUCACUAUCCCUGCCUCUGCGUGGUUAACUUGCAGUGGUUGGUUUCUUGGCCAUUAGUAUAUAUCCGCUGCUACCUGAACGCACACCGAGAGUUAUCCGGCCUACUAGUUAGCAACCCGUGGGCUGUACCUCUGUCUGUGAUCCUGUCUAUCAUUGCAACGACCCAGUUGUCAGGUCAGGGAACGGCCAGGCCUCCGGAGAUCUAGAGAGGUAUCACUAAGCCCUCGGAUAGCUGAAGCCAUGUCCAUUAAACAGGAAAUUGAGACGUGGGUGCAAGCCCUCGAACACUAUGACCACCACGAAUACGACGAAGCCCUCCGGGUCUUUGACCAGAUUGCCGACACGUCCAAGAUCUUCUUUAACUGUGGCGUGAUCUAUGCGACACUAGGAGAGCAUGAGAAGGCGGUCGAGUGUUACCAACGGGCCGUCAGUCUGGACCAAUACCUCGCCAUUGCGUACUUCCAAGAAGGUGUCUCCAACUUUCUUCUGGGCGACUUCGAAGAGGCAUUAGCCAACUUUAAUGAUACAUUACUCUACCUCAGAGGCAAUACAUUCAUUGACUAUGAGCAACUGGGCCUGAAGUUCCGUCUGUACUCAUGCGAGGUUCUCUUCAACCGUGGUCUGUGCUACAUAUACCUGCAGCAACUGGGGCCUGGUAUCCAGGACCUGGAGUAUGCUGCAAAGGAGAAGGUCACGCCAGACCAUGGUGUCAUCAACGAUGCCAUCCGAGAACGAGCAGAGGGUUACACGGUGUUUUCGAUUCCUGUAGGGGUUCUUUACCGACCAAAUGAAGCCAAGGUCAAGAACCUCAAGACCAAGGAUUACCUGGGCAAGGCACGGUUGAUUGCGGCAUCGGAUCGUAGUGGUGUCCCGCUCCAGCCAGGUGACAUUGUCAGAACGCAGUCCGGGAUAGACCAUCGAGCUCCGCCCGAAAGUCUCUACGCAGCCAGCAAACUAGUACAACGAAAUAUCACGAGAAGUCGUCAGCACUCAGAACCACCCCUGAACCGCAAUCUAUUCCCCCCGACACCACCGCCAGAUACCGACAAAAGCAGCGUCGGCAGCCCCCCUAGUAGUUCUGGGAUGAACGGUCGACCGGGCUCCAUCCGCGCCGCUCGUCCGCCGCGCCUCGAUCUGGACCGACCGGGUGCUCACCCUACCGGAUGCAGAGUUGAUACAACACCGGAGAAGCCGCGGAUAGGGACUACGCGCACAGCAUCGGAGCCGCGGGGACCACCUCAGCUACAUCACCGCACAUCUCAAGGCGAAGUCAAAGCCUAUCGAGAGAUGGGGCAUCGACGGGGAGCAAGCGAUACAGGCUUCGCGCCCCCACCGAAAAGAAUGUACGGGGAGGAUGUAUACAAUGGGUAUUCUCGCCCGACUGUGGUCGUCAAUGGAGGUCGGAAGGGCAUGCCCCGCCAGCGGGAGCGGUACAUCGAUGAAGAGGCAGAGUACGCCAGCGAAGCGGAGGAAGGUGGUGUAGACGGAGAGUUUGAGAUGGUCGAAUCACGACGCCGAACACGAUCACCCAACCGAGGGUCAAGACGAGCCAACUCUCGCCGGCCGGAGGUACGUAGGUUCCGGGUCAAGGUGCAUGCUGUGGAGGACACACGGUACAUUAUUAUCGGACCGACGAUCGACUUUAGCGAGUUCGAGAUGAAGAUCCGGGAUAAGUUUGGCUUCCGCAGUCCGUUGAAGAUUCGGAUGCAGGAUGAUGGGGAUAUGAUCACGAUGGUGGAUCAAGAAGAUCUGGAUCUUCUGUUUAGUUCUGCGCGUGAAACAGCAGUAAGGGAAGGGAGUGAAAUGGGGAAGAUGGAGAUAUGGGUUGAAGAACGAUCUAUGAUUUGAUGACCUGGUGUGGGCGUUGGCUGGUCGCAUUGGACUGCAUGGCAUGUUAUACCCUUCGAUAGCGCAUGUAUA